AUGUCUGAAACCCAAAACUGGUUACAAAAAUCAAUAGAGGAGGGCCAUAUCCAAUUCAUCACUUAUGACAAUUUUUCUAACGUCAAAGCUAUAGCGCGGGGGGCUUUUGGUGAAGUCUCAAAAGCUUUCUGGAAUAGUGCCGAAAAAUUCGUUGCGCUGAAAACCUUGUAUGCUGAUCCUGGAUCAACGUCCAAGGAUUCCUUUGAAGAUCUUAUAAAUGAGGUGUCGAAAGGAACAAGGGAACGGUUUAUAUCUGGUACACCAAUAGAUUACAAGACCCUAUACGAAAGGGCGUGGAAUGGUGACCCAUCACUGCGUCCAGAUAUUGAAGAGAUGAGAGAUAAACUUGAUAAGAUUCGGUUGGAGCCUAAAUGGUAUGAAACAUUUAUACAACAACCACCUACACAACAACCACCUACACAGCAACCACCUACACAACAACCACCUACACAACAAAUACAACAAAAACAGCCAAUACAACAAAUACAACCAAUACAACCACACGUUAACCAAUAUCCUUCGAAUCCAAAUGUAAUAGGACCUAAUGGUGGUAAUAUUGUCACAAAUCAAACACCUUACGGUCCUGGUAAUGCUCCCAUACAGAAUGUUAAUUACCGCCCUAAUCAAGGCAUUAUUCAAGGUGGUGGUUAUCAAGUUCCGAAUCAAAGCAGUGGCUACCCGGCCUAUAAUCAAGGUGGUGGUUACCCAUAUAGAAAUCCGGUUAAUCCUCCAGUUCAGGGCCCAGGUGGCUUCUCUGCUCAAAAUGUGGGUGGCCGUCCAAUUCAGAAUCCGAGUGGUUACCAGAAUUAUAAUCAAGGUAGUGGCUAUCCAAAUUUGAAUCAAGGCGGCGGUUAUUCUAAUCCAGGUCAAGGUGGUUACCCAAAUCCAAAUCCAAAUCCAGGUAGUGGCCAUCCAAAUCAAAGUGCUGUAUACCCCAAUUAUCCAAUUCAGAAUCGCCCAAUUCAGAAUCAAAGCGGAAGUUAUUCAACUCAGAAUCCUCCAAUGUCUUAUCCCCAUACACGACCAUAUCAAAGUCCUAAUUAUCCAUCUAACCAACAACAAUCGAUACCGAUGCCAACUCCACCACAGAUGAAUAGCAUGCAGCAAAAUUUGCCAUACAUGUCUUAUACCCCUCCGCGCCCUG